AUGAUGAAAAUUGGUAAUUUUGAAUGGUGCUCCAGUAACAGGCAUGACAACAUCUACGCACCGGGUAUCACACUCCAGCAGGGCACUGAUACUGACCAGCUUCCAAACUCACAUCCACAAACAGGUCUCACCAAGUCAUCCUCCUCCGACACUUACAGACAGAUACACACUGGUCUCACCAAGUCAUCCUUCUCCGACACUGAUAGACAGAUACACCCAGGUCUCACCAAGUCAUUCUUCUCAGACACUGACAGACAGAUACACCCAGGUCUCACCAAGUCAACCUCUGCCGACACUGACAGACAGAUACACCCAGGUCUCACCAAGUCAUCCUCCUCAGACACUGAUAGACAGAUACACCCAGGUCUCACCAAGUCAUCCACCUCCGACACUGACAAACAAAUACACCCAGGUCUCACCAAGUCAUCCUCCUCAGACACUGAUAGACAGAUACACCCAGGUAUCACCAAGUCAUCCACCUCAGACACUGACAGACAGAUACACACAGGUCUCAUCACGUCAUCCUCCUCAGACACUGACAGACAGAUACACACUGGUCUCACCAAGUCAUCCACCUCUGACACUGACAGACAGAUAUACCCAGGCCUCACCAAGUCAUCCUCCUCUGACACUGAUAGACAGAUACACCCAGGUCUCACCAAGUCAUCCUCCUCUGACACUGACAGACAGAUACACACUGGUCUCACCAGGUCAUCCACCUCUGACACUGACAGACAGAUACACCCAGGUCUCACUAAGUCAUCCUCCUCUGACACUGAUAGACAGAUACACCAAGGUCUCAUCACGUCAUCCUCCUCUGACACUGACAGACAGAUACACACUGGUCUCACCAAGUCAUCCUCCUCUGACACUGACAGACAGAUACACCCAGGUCUCACUAAGUCAUCCUCCUCAGACACUGACAGACAGAUACACACAGGUUUCAUCACGUCAUCCUCCUCUGACACUGACAGACGGAUACACCCAGGUCUCACCAAGUCAUCAACCUCAGACACUGACAGAGAGAUACACCCAGGUCUCACCAAGUCAUCGACCUCUGACACUGACAGACAGAUACACCAAGGUCUCAUCACGUCAUCCUCCUCAGACACCCACAGACAUAUACACACUUGUCUCACCAAGUCAUCCACCUCCGACACUGACAGACAGAUACACAUAGGUCUCACCAAGUCAUCCUCCCCUGACACUGACAGAGAGAUACACACAGGUCUCACGCAGUCAUCCUCCUCAGACAAUGACAGACAGAUACACCAAGGUCUCACCAAGUCAUCCUUCUCCGACACUGACAGACAGAUACAUGUACUCACAGGUCUCACCUAG